AGUCAGAGGAAAGCAAAAGAGAAAGGGGCGGUGCAGUUUAAGAAGCGGGUCUGCGCUCCCUCGGUUCCUUCCCAGCCCAGUUUGGUGCCCUCCGCUCCUGUUGGACGCAGCAGAAGCCGCAUCCCACGCGAUGGCGGACUACGAACUCAGUCCGGCGUCUGAGGACGGACCGCGCGGCGGGACCUCUCGGCCAGUCAGAGUUGGCCUCAUCGUCUGUCUCCUGGUAAUCUGCAUCAUGGCCAUCGUGAUCGGAUACCUCGGAUACCUCGUCUGGGCCCAGAGGUCCUCGGGCCCCACCGACUACGUCUCGGGGAUCGUCCUGGGGCGCUGCCUCAGCUUCACUCGGAUUGCGCGGCCGGAGCUAAGGGAUAAAGACUGUAAGAAAAUACUGGAUGCAUUCAAGAGUGCCUUUGUUUCCAAGGAUCCCUGCAGCAUCACAAGAGAAGACUAUCAACCACUGAUUAACUUGACUGCGGACCCUGUGCCUUGCGACAAGAGCCUCUUCUGGAGUAGAUCCAAGGAGCUGGUCCAUGAGUACACAGGGAUCCAGAAGGAGAUGUUCACUCUAGAGGACACACUGUUGGGCUACAUGGGUGACGGCCUCACGUGGUGUGGAGACCCCAGAACUUCCGAAAUAAAGCAUGAAUCUUGCCCACAUCGGAAUGAAACGUGCAACAGUACUGCUACUUAUGUAUUCUGGAAUGUGAUUUCACAGAAGUUUGCAGAAUCUGCCUGUGGUACGGUCUAUGUGAUGCUCAAUGGAUCCAGAGACACUCCAUUUAGCAAAGCCAGCACUUUUGGAGGUGUAGAAAUCUUCAAUUUGCGACCAGAGAAGGUUCAUACGCUUCAGGCCUGGGUGAUGCAUAAUGUGGAAGCAGUUUCCAGGGACACAUGCUCAGGUUCCUCCAUCCGUGAGUUGAAAUCAAUUGUGGAACAGAGGAAGAUUUCAUUUGAAUGCUACAAUGACUACAGGCCUGCCAGGUUUAUUCAGUGUGUUAAACAUUCGUCGCAUCCGACCUGCAGAGCUCUGUUGUAAGCCCGUAGCCGUGGGGGUUGCAGAUCCUUGACCACCUGUACACACCAGCAUGCCCAAUACCUGAUGUUCCCACCUGUGCACACACCUGCCCAACAUCUGCUGCUCCAGUGGAAGAUCUUCUCUCCCAUCCAUCAACCAGCUCCUGUGUGGGAUAGGCCCUCUGUCGUGAUGUCACCACUAGAGAUGGAAAUCCUUUUCCUCAAAGGCUCAGCAUAGCAUUUAUUGUAAUCUAUAGACUUUCAGAAACAUUAUUGUAUGAAUUUAGAAUGGAAUUUUAUAUUAAGUUAUUUCAUAUGAUGCUUUUAUGUGUUUUACAUGCUGGAAACAUUCUUUUUAUUGAAAACAACCACACCAAACCUGCCUUAGUACGUUAGACACAUGAAGAAAGAUAGGUGCUCAAGAUUCUGAGAAAAUGUUUCAUUUCCAAACAAACGAGCUGGUCUCAUAUUUUUAUACCCUUCCUGCAAGUGGGCAAACUAUAAAUUCUGUGGUUUUGAGGAGUAUUGGGACUAUCUCAUGGAAAAAUUAUUUUAUAGGGCAUUUUGUGUAGGAUGUUUUACCUUUAACCCUCCCUAAGGUUCUGUGAGCUUGGUAUUAUUUUAACCCACUUGCAAAGCUGAGAAAAUGGGAGCUUCAAACAGUUCCAUAAUUUAAUAAAUUUGUGUGUCUAGCAUCAGGGUAGAAACUGGAACACACUUGGGUCCUUCCAGCUCUGAAGCACAUGUGCUCUCUCUUUUCAGGCCCACGAAUGUGAACUCUGUACAGCUUCUAAGCAGAUACUUUGCCCCUCCUGCACCUCUUCCUCUGUUUCCACUCAAUGUGUUAUCCAUGGAGUGUGCAUUUCAGAUGUAUUCAUUCCUGACCGUGGCAAUCUCUUUUUCUCCCUGUUGGUCAUUAAUUUGUUCUACUUGGGGUUCAUACAUUUUGCUACUUUUUAAAAAAACUAACCCAUAACUCAAUUAAUUGCUUUAUUUUUAUUCAA